AUGGUUGCAAGAGGUUGCGGUGGGCGGGCCCCAAAGUCAUGUCUCCCGAGAAAUAAGAUAACGACUAAGUACGUAUGUUUCUAUUUCUUUGUGUUUAUUUUGCUAGAUAGAUUGAGGCGAUGCAAUCUUGGAUUAUGAAUGAGAUAUUUCCCCUUGGGUAUUAAGGCAUAAUGAAAAGUUUGAACUAUGUGCUGGGUAAACUUGCUUGUUUUGAGAAGGUCACACUUAACAAUUCUUGGUGAUGGGAUUGUUUUUUUAGUGUUCCCGUGAUGGGAAUAGGUGUGUGGAUGAUGUUGAAGCGGGGAUAGAAAACGUGUUGCCCACGGACUCAGCGUAGCCCCGCCCGCAGUAUAUACAAUCCGGCGCAUGGGAUAGUUUCCUCACUCUGUUCCAUUCCCCGUGACAGCCAUCCUAAAUCCCCACAUACUAACCCUAGCUCCCGCUGAUCUUUCCCUACCCUGAUCCCCUCUGCCACGGAUGUCAUCGGAUCCAUCGUCUGUGGAGCCCUCCGUGGCCAUGGAGGCCACCAAGCCAUCGGCCUCACCGUCGAAGGAAUCGGAGCCGGUCGGCGUUAGAGCUGCAGCCGCCGUCGCCGCCACGCAAGUUGCCGCCCACGAGAAGAACGCGCUGUGGGUCGGCAACCUGCCUGCGCACGCGGGUGAGGACGACGUCGUGGCGUCCUUCGCCCCGCACAAGACACUCGACUGCGUCAUCAUGCGCAUCGAGUACCGCAGCAAUGCCUUCAUCAUUUUCCGCUCCAUCGCCGAGUGUCGGACCGCCCUCAAGGCGCUCCGCGGGUCCAAUAUCAAGAGUGCGUUCAUCCUGAUUGAGUUCGCCCAACCGGCGGUGUGGGCUGAGGCCUCAAGCAGCUCUGAUAUAUGUAGUUAUUUCAGUGGAGGCACAAUGGAUCAGUGGCGACAGGGUGGUCUGGUGGAGAAUCGCAGGUGGCUGGAGGCAGCAGCGCUCAGAGUCUAGGGAAGCGCGGCGCGUGAGGCCCUUGAUAUGGUCGAUGGGCACGUGUGAGCCGAUAGCGACGGGAUACCUUGACACCGGUGAAUGGCCUAGCAGGAAGCGGUGGCAGUGGGUUCCUUUAUGUGGUGGGAGACAUCGGCAGCGCACGGGAAGGCCAGGCCGUCCGGAUUUUCUUUAUAACUGCAGGUCAUCUGGAUUGGCUGAAGAAGGGUAGGAUUGGGUAAUUUUUUCUUAAUCAAAUAGUUUUCCAGAUUGGGGAACAAUGGUCGGGUCGGCCAGCUCUUUUUUGUUCCAGAUCUUUAGCGAAUCGUUUUGUACCACUUAUGGAUGGCAGUGGUGCGUAAUUGUUUUUUGGAUCUUUAGCAAAUUGUUUUUAAGAUUAGCGACAAAUGAGCUGGUCGGUCAGCUCUUUUUUCGGA